AUGUUGGGCCUGUUGGCAGCGCUGACGCCCGUGGCGCUGUGCUACGGACUGAAGGGCGACAACGGCACCCUCUGGGACAAGCUGUGGCUGGAACGCGGGGCGACGCGCGCUGCUCACCACGGCGCUGGGGUGCACCGACCACCAGGCCUCGCUCGAGAAAGCUUGGCCCGGGCGAGGCUGUACCCCACUGGAGGGAGAUAG